AGAACAUCAUCACUUUCUCCUUAUUAUCAACUUGCGUGUUCUUGACACGAAAGACACGCGAAUUAACAGACUUUUAACCGCGUAGAUUGACUUUGAGUGAUGCACACAGCAACCGGCGGUAUUAUUCUUACCUUGUGGCCUCCUUGAAAGCAUAAUAGUCGUAUUGAGUGCCUUCUGCUGUAGCAAAGAUGCUCGUCGCCUGUGGAAACGAGGAAACCACGGUGCCUUCAAGUGAAAGGGGCGCGACGGUGCUACAGUAACGGAGUUGUAUCUCGGCGGUUUUGGCCUCCCUUUGACUGUCCGCGAAUACGGUUAUACGGACGCCUCGUGAGGGGCAUCUUUCGAGGACCAGAUCUCUAAAGCAUCCUUUCAAAAUGCCCGACAGUGAUGAGUACGAGGCUUUGAGAAUCGUAGGAUGGUGGUAAUAUUGAGCUGAUGGUAUGGGACAUCUUGCCUGCAAUUGCUUGUAUGUAUCAUAGAGUUAACUGUUCACCGGUUGCCAAUAUGGCUAUCCAUCUGAUGGCUGAAGAGUUCACCAUCGUGGCUUGGAAUCAUAAGUCGAUGAUUCUUCGAACUUACCAGAGUCUCUGGCAUGAGACGACAAACACGAGCUAUGAUGGUUAUUUAAGACUGCUCCGAUUCUUGACCUAUUCCGUCUUUCUCGGUGUCGUUCCUCACUUUCGUUACAUCCCCUGAGCACUACUUCCACUCUUUUUAAUCUGCUGCAGACUCCAACAUGAGGCUGUCACUACCUUUCAUUGCGCUCUGCGCAGUCCCGGCCGUUGUUGGUAUUGCUCUCCCAGACGGCCCCUUCGAGAUCAAGGAGCAUGAGCACAAGGACCAUGAUCACCAUGAUCCUGACCUGGUCAAGCACCAUCACAAGGACCACGAUCAUAAGCACAAGCAUCUUCAUCCCCAUGAGCAUAUCCACAUCACCAAGCACAAGCAUCCCAUCAAGCCUUGCGCUGUCCUCACUGAGGAGAAGACUUGCAAGCUCUUCCACUAUGCCACCAAGGACGUCGAGGAGCUCAUUCAUGCUGUCCAGACCUAUGACUGUGGCAGCGAUGCGGAGUGUUGGCAUAAAAUUGUUCACAGGAUCUACAGCCUUGAGCAUGGGCUGGAUGCCUUUGACAAGUACGUGGACAGCACCACUCUUAAGAAGUGCUUCAGCUGUGGAAACGACUCUCCUGUCGUUGGCUGCUUCCUUCACUAUGCCGAUGCUCUGAUCCGCCUCCUGAAGCUCCUGCGGCACCAGACCAAGACUCUUGAUGGGGAGGUUGAACGACCUGUCCUCACUGCCAUCAACAGUCUUCGUGUUUCCAACUAUGCCUUGGUCUAUGAGAUCAAUCGCCGCGUUGAGUGCAAGAAGAGCCUCAAGAUCAUCAUGUCCAAGCAGGGUGCCAACGAUGGCUCCACCAAGGGCAGUGUCCAGGCCGCCUUUGAGAAGUUCCCCUACACUCCUCUGAUCACAGGCGAGAACUUCAAGGAUGGAGUGUCGCUGGACAAGACCGACGGCAAGGAGGAUUCCGAGGGCGAUGGAGAGCACAAGCACAAGAAGGUGCACAAGCACUACCACAACCAUCACCACGGGCACAAGCAUGGGCACAAGCACGGCCACGGACAUGGCCAUCUCCACGAACAUGGCCACCACCACGGACAUAAGCACGGCCACAAGCACGAGAAUGAGCAUCACUACGAGCACAAGCAUGAGGACAAGCACGAGGAUAAAGAUCCCGAGCACGAGCAUGAGUAUGAUCAUCAACACAAGGGUCCCCACGAUCAUCGCGAUGAGGUUCGUGUCAACGACCGGGGUUCUAUCUCUUUUGAUAAGGAUCAUUACUAA